AUGAGUGCUUCUCUGAAUUACAAGUCUUUUUCCAAAGAGCAGCAGACCAUGGAUAACUUGGAGAAGCAACUGAUUUGUCCCAUCUGCCUAGAGAUGUUCACAAAGCCUGUGGUCAUUCUCCCCUGUCAGCACAACCUGUGCAGGAAAUGUGCCAGUGACAUCUUCCAGGCCUCCAAUCCUUAUUUGCCCACAAGAGGAGGCACUACCGUGGCAUCAGGGGGCCGAUUCCGCUGCCCUUCCUGCAGGCACGAAGUGGUUUUAGACAGACACGGAGUAUAUGGACUUCAGAGAAACCUGCUGGUGGAAAAUAUCAUCGACAUCUAUAAGCAAGAAUCCACCAGGCCAGAAAAGAAGUCUGAUCAGCCCAUGUGCGAAGAACAUGAGGAGGAGCGAAUCAACAUCUACUGUCUGAACUGCGAGGUGCCCACCUGCUCCCUGUGCAAGGUGUUUGGCGCACACAAGGACUGCCAGGUGGCUCCGCUCACUCAUGUGUUCCAGAGGCAGAAGUCGGAGCUCAGUGAUGGCAUCGCUAUUCUUGUGGGAAGCAAUGAUCGAGUCCAGGCUGUGAUCAGCCAGCUGGAAGACACCUGUAAAACUAUUGAGGAGUGCUGCCGAAAGCAGAAGCAGGACCUGUGUGAGAAGUUCGAUUACCUCUAUGGCAUACUGGAGGCAAGGAAGACAGAAAUGACCCAAACCAUCACCCGAACCCAGGAGGAGAAGCUGGAACAUGUCCGUGCUCUCAUCAAAAAGUAUUCAGAUCAUCUGGAGAAUGUAUCAAAGUUGGUUGAGUCAGGAAUCCAGUUCAUGGAUGAGCCAGAAAUGGCAGUGUUUCUGCAGAAUGCCAAAACCCUGUUACAAAAAAUCUCAGAAGCGUCAAAGGCAUUUCAGAUGGAGAAAGUCGAACACGGGUAUGAGAACAUGAACCACUUCACGGUGAAUCUCAAUAGAGAGGAAAAAAUAAUUCGUGAAAUUGAUUUUUACCGAGAAGAGGAUGAUGAAGAAGAUGAAGGAGAAAGAGAAGAAGAAGGAGAGAGAGAGGAUGCAGUAGAAGAGGUCGACAAUGUUCAAAUUGAGUCGUCCGGAGAAGAGGAAGGUCUGGAGAAAGCCUUGGAGUCCCCUCAGCUGGCCUCAGAGCUCCAGACUGUCACACCAGCACCACUACUGGUCUCCUCUCCAGAACCACCUCCAGCCCUCUCACCUGAAACAGAUGCCCCCGUGACACAGGGGGAGGUGGUGCCCACUGGCUCUCAGCAGACCACAGAGUCUGAAACUCCAGGCCUUCCAGCAGCGGAAACUGCGGAUCCCCUGUUUUACCCUAGUUGGUAUAAAGGCCAAAGCCGGAAAGCCACCACCGCCAACCCACCUUGCACCCCAGGGAGCGAAGGUCUGGGACAAAUAGGGCGUCCAGGUUCUGAGGAUGCCGGGGUGCGGUCGGCAGAAGUGGCGCGAGCCGCAGCCGGUGCGCAGGCAGCAGAGAGUGGUAAGGAAUCUAGCUCACCUGCAGCUGCUCCUCAGGAGUUAGCAAUCUGCCUAGCAUUUCUGGCUUUUCUUAUACUUCACUACAUCUGGAGUCAGAUUCAGUGCUUGGUUUUUGCUUUAAUGGAUGCCCAGGAGGUGGCCAACUGA